AUAUUUAGACAGGAUGCUAGAACAAUAGUGUCCAAAAUACAAUGGCAAUUGCUGGCAAUGUGUCAGGUAGCGGCACUGACGAUGAGCUUCCCAAAGUGGAGUUUUCUCUUGCACCUCAACGUGAUUUGGAAGAAAGGGGGGUUCGCAAAACAAAUCCAAUUGUAUCCAAGCACGUAGUUCUCCAACAUCAGUUGAGAGUACUAACUGGUGCAGCUGAUGAGGAAGAUCGACAACGGAUAUGUGUACGCCGUAGUCACAUUGUACAAGAUGCAUUGUGUGCUUUCGCCAAACCUUCCUUUCACACCUCAAAGAUGUUGAAGGUGACCUUCAUUGGGGAGAUUUCAGUGGAUGAUGGAGGUCCCAGGCGAGAGCUGUUCAGUGUACUCAUGAGGGAGCUCUUUGACAAGAGUGGCCUUUUCACAGGCUGGCCUGAGAAUGCUGUACCAGUGCACAAUGUUCAUGCCUUAGCUGAAAAUAAGUUCUACAUCACUGGAAAGAUCGUUGCAACCAGCUUAGUACAAGGUGGGCCACCCCCAGUGUGCUUCAGCCGUGCUGUUGCAGACUAUAUUGUGUUUGACGAAGUGAGGAGUUCUCCAGACCUUCAAGAUAUACCUGACUUCGAAGUUCGGCAGAAUCUUGAGAAGAUGCUAACUAUUGUGAAUGUUGAGGAACUCAGGUCAUUCACUGAUGAGCACCUUGAGCUUCGCUUUGAGUGUGGCUACCAGAAACCAACCAGCUCGCUGCAGAUCUCAGAUAAGGAGGAGAUCCUGAAGACAGUGUGGCUCCAUUUUGUGUAUUUCCUCCCUCUUGCUGAGCUGCAACAGCUAAGGAAGGGAUUGAGGGAGACCCUCCAGCUGGAAAUUUUGAUGGUCCAAUACCCUGAUGACAUGCAUUCGUUCCUUGCCACCUCAAUUGCGUUUGAUGUUGAUGGUGGUGACCUCUUAGACUGGUUUGUGGCUAGCUACUCGGAAAGAGGAAGCAACAAAAGAAAGUCAGAGGAGGCUGUUUACCUCAUGUGGAGCAACUAUGUCAUGGAUUGCUCUGAUGGUGAUGAAUCAGGUGUGUCGAUUGGUGACAUUCUACAAUUUAUCUCUGGCUCUAGGAGGCUUCCAGCAGCUGGGUUUCCUUGUAUCCCUAGUGUCCACUUCACAAAUGAAAAGAUUCUCCCUAAGACUUCAACAUGUGACGUAAGCAUCACCUUUCCAAGAUCUUUUGACGAGCUGCCAUAAUUAUGAGAUGUUUAAGAAAAAAAUGGAUAUGAGCGUUUUGGAUUCUGCUGGUUUUGGUGGUGGUCCGUAGUUAGUAUAUAACAGUUCCAACUUUGACAUUUUAGCUGCUGUAUUACUUCAUUGUGUUCAUUCAUUCAUUCAUCAUCACAUUAUUCAUUCCUUUUUCAUUUAUUUAUUCAUUCUUUCA